UCCUUGCUGUGGGUUUUUGAAUUCGUGCUCGCAAAAUCCCAAAAGAAACAAGCAAUAUGUAUCUCUGUCUUAUCUAAAGGGUCUCUUCUCCGCCUCAUCUUGCUUCUUCUCUUGUUUCUUGUUAUCACUGUACGGAUACGAAAUCGGAGAUUCCGUGACGCGGGUUUUCGAUUCUAUACAGAUUUUCGCAUUCUCAAUAUCUAAUUAUCUGUUGGGAUGAAGAGUAUUAGAGAUUGGGUUUUUACUCGAUUAUUGUCCAAGUCUUUGGCCAUGUCUAGAUCGUUGUCUGGCAGUGGCAGUUUCUUCUCUGAGGGACCUGUGGAUGAAGAUUCUAAUGCCCGAGCUCACACGGAUUGUUCAGAGGUUCCACCACUACUUCCAGAUACAUCAUACUGCUCUGAUGACACACGGGAGAAUGAGCCUCAUCCCUCUCUUCAGGAAGAUUCUAACAGAUCUAAUAAUGUCAUUAAUUAUGAAAAGAUGGAUCCAUUGGCAAGGAUUGAGGAUCUCCAAGUUAAGUUUUUUCGGCUUCUUCGGCGGUUAGGGCACUCAAAUGACAAUCUUUUGGUGGCAAAGGUUUUGUAUAGGAUACACCUAGCAACAUCAAUACGAGGAAGGGAAUCAGAUCUAAAAAGAGCCAGAAAGGUAGCAGCAGAACAAGAGGCAAUUGACAUACCCAAAUUAAAUUUCUCUGUAAGAAUACUUGUCCUGGGGAAAACAGGUGUUGGAAAGAGUGCAACCAUAAAUUCUAUAUUUGAUCAAAGAAAGACGAUGACUGAUGCAUUUGAACCAGCCACUGAUCGCAUCCAAGAGAUUGUUGGUACUGUAUGUGGAAUCAGAGUAACUUUUAUCGACACCCCUGGCUUCUUACCUUCAUCUAAAAGUAAUGUGAGAAGAAAUAGGAAGACCAUGCUCUCUGUGAAGAGAUUCAUUAGAGAAUCCCCACCUGAUGUUGUUCUUUUUUUCGAUCGGCUUGACCUCAUCAACAUGGGUUAUAAUGAUUUCCCUCUUAUGAAGCUUAUGACCGAAGUCCUUGGUAGUGCAAUUUGGUUUAACACCAUCCUCGUCAUGACUCAUGCUUCUUCAACCCUUCCUGAAGGACCAAGUGGAUUUCCAGUCAACUAUGAAUCAUAUGUAACCAGAUGCACAGAUUUGAUGCAACACUUUAUACACCAGGCAGUAUCAGACAGAAAACUGGAAAACCCAGUACUUUUAGCAGAAAAUCAUCCUCAGUGUAAAAAAAAUUUAUUGGGGGAAAAUAUUCUUCCCAAUGGACAAGCUUGGAAAUCUCAAUUCUUAUUGUUAUGCAUAUGUACCAAAAUUCUUGGUGAUGUUAGUACUCUCUUGGAAUUUCAAGGCAGUAUUGAGUUGGGGUCAUCCAGCCCCCGGGUGCCUUCACUGCCACAUCUCCUUUCAUCUCUUCUACGGCACCGUGUAUCAAACCCAAAUGAAGCAGAUAACGAUGUUAAUGAUAUUUUGCUUUCUGAUGCAGAAGAAGAAGAUGAAUAUGAUCAAUUACCUCCAAUCCGAAUCCUGACAAAAUCUCAAUUUGAGAGAUUGACUAAAUUGCAGAAAAGAGACUACCUUGAUGAGCUGGAUUACCGAGAGACUCUUUAUUUGAAGAAACAGUUGAAGGAGGAUGCUCGGAGGCAGAGGGAGAAGAAGCUUUGUGAAGCAGAAACUUUGGGUGAGGAUGACUAUGAUGACCAGCAGACACCUCCAGAAGCUGUCCUGUUACCAGAUAUGGUAGUCCCUCCAACUUUUGACUCAGACUGCCCUGUACACAGAUAUCGCUGCCUUGCUACAAGUGACAAAUGGCUUAUGAGACCUGUGCUUGAUCCUCAAGGAUGGGAUCAUGAUGUGGGCUUUGAUGGUAUAAACUUGGAGACGGCUAUGGAAAUAAAAAGGAAUAUUUAUGCCUCAAUUGCAGGGCAGAUGAGCAAGGACAAGCAGAAUUUCAGUAUUCAGUCUGAAUGCGCUGCUGCUUACACAGAUUCUAGGGGGCCUACUUAUUCUGUGGGUAUUGAUGUUCAAUCUGCUGGUAAAGAUCUUAUAUAUACAGUUCACAGCAACACAAAACUGAGGACUCUCAAGUACCACAUGCCUGACUGUGCAGUGUCAUUGACAUCAUUUGGGAAGAAGUAUUAUGUUGGUGCCAAGAUUGAAGAUAAUAUAUUGAUUGGGAAGAGACUAAAGUUUGUAAUGAAUGCUGGCCAAAUGAGGGGUCCUGGACAAGUGGCAUAUGGUGGGACUUUUGAAGCAACAUUAAGAGGGCGAGACUACCCUGUGAGGAAUGAUAUUAUCAGUGUAUCAAUGACCGCUCUAUCUUUUAAGAAGGAGAUGGUGUUGGGUGGAGGUUUUCAGUCUGAGUUUCGGCCAGCACGAGGCAUGAGAAUGGCAGUUAAUGCCAAUUUAAAUAGCCAGAAAAUGGGGAAAGUUAGCAUAAAGAUGAGUAGCUCUGAGCACAUUGAAAUUGCACUAGUAGCCAUUUUCUCAAUUUUCAGGGCCAUUUUGUGUAGGAAAGAGGCUGAAAAUGGAAGAAAAGAGGCAUUGGAGAUGUGAUGAAUCUGUGUUGGCCCUUUUGCUGAUAGAUUUUCUUAGUUUGGAGAGGAAAUAAUAACCAGAAAGCAUUUUAUAGUCAGAACAAGGUUUUAGAACGUUGAAAAGAGUUUGGUGUUUCAGAGGUUGUCCGUUUUCUUUUUGCCCCAUAAUUUACUGAACAUGUACCUAUUCUAGAGGAGGUUAGAUAUGCUUUAUUAUUAUUUUUUUAAUGUAUACUUGGAGGAGGCUAGAUAGUGAGACUUUUUCCGUUUAAACUUGUGAAAUGGACAUGUCCGGUUGAUUUGGCUUGUCUGGGGCCUGUGGGCACAUAGCUCUGUAACAAGCAAUAGCUGUUAUAAUUGUACAGGAGCACAAAGAAAAUCAGUUCUAUGAUUCCUGGAAUAAACAUUCUUCAUCUAGGUUCUAACA